AAACAAUAACCUUCACAGACAGUUAAUAAAACACUAACAGAACAGCCUCCGCAUAUCACUCGAAAUUGAAAAGGUCGAUUGCAUUUGGCUCAUGACCGAACAGAAACAUGCUGGUGCUGAGCUGAACUUGUUCUCAACCGCGAUCAGUGCGCAUACAAAUUGAGACCCGGUGAAACGGGUUGAUAAGUUGCAGUGCCAAGAUCAGAUGUGCACGCCAUGUUCCAAGAAUGUGUGAAAAGGUGCCGAUGACACUUGUGCAGAACUUAUCAGCACCUGCCGUUGCCACUUAUGGUGGAGCAACUUCAGAGCGGAGGGAACGAUGAGCAUAACAAUUUCAAAAAAAAAGUUACAUUCGCUGCUGAUAGUGGUAAACAACUUUCUCGUUGAGGCCUACACUCCCGAUCAAAAUUUUGGGAUCACCCUUUAAAAGCAUUCAAAAACGCAGAGUUUUCGCAAUCGACUGAUCCAUGUGGCCAUCUAUGUAUGAAGUUCGCCAAGAAAAAUACCGUUCCAACUGAAUGACUGACCAUGAUAGUGACACCAAAAAUUAUGAAGGGAGCCCUCCCGAAGCGGUUCAUCGUGGCCGUGAUGAUCUUCAUUGCGUGUCUAACAUCAUUCAUGUUGCGUGUCAACAUGUCCAUCAAUAUACUGGCAAUGGUUCAGCCAACGGCAACGGCCAGACAGGCGACAAACCCAAAUGCGUCUUCAUCAGUCAGUCAAGCGGCAAGGCUUCCAACCCCGAGCAGUGUUACCGUUCUGUUGCCAGACACGAAAGACUCGACAGAUGCAGCAAACGAAACCUCAUUUACGAGCGACUCGACAGAAGUCGAUAAAGAUCCAGAUCUUCAAAACUUUGGACCGCGAUACCGAUGGGAUCAGAAAACUCAAGGAAACAUUCUUGGGGCGUAUUUCUACGGGUAUUUGCUCACUUCGCUACCAGCUGGACUGCUAGCAGAGCGCUUUGGACCGAAACUGCUGAUAACGGUAUCGUUUGUGGCGUGUGCUCUCACGACUGCAGUUACGCCACUUUUGGCUGAGUUGGGAGCGUGGACUGUGAUUGGGUCAAGAGCUGUGAUAGGACUGCUCGCUGGCUUCGUGUAUCCUUGUCUGCACAAUCUCAUAUCUAGGUGGAUUCCUCCAAACGAAAGGGGCAAAGUGAUAGCAUGCAUCUCCGGCGGAAGUACCUUCGGAACAGUGAUCACCUGGCCAAUCGCCGGUAUAAUUACCGAACAGUUUGGAUGGCCGGCUUCCUUUUACGUAUCGGCACUUUUUGUUUUACUGAUCGCAGUCCUUUGGGUUUGCUUAAUUGAAGAUUCGCCAGCACAGCACAGGACGAUAACUGCGGAGGAGAAGCAAAUCAUUAAUGAUUCCUUCGGAGGCACGGUAUCCAAGUCGAAGUCGUGGCCACCGCUAGGCAAAGCGUUCACAUCGUUACCAUAUCUGUCGCUUCUUCUGUUACACUAUGGAAACUUUUGGGGUAUGAACUUCUUCAUAACGCAAGCCCCGAAAUUCAUGAACGAAGUGCUUGGCUUCAACUUGUCUAACGCUGGAUUUCUAUCCAGUUUACCAUACCUUGCUCGUAUGUUCUCCGGUUUCUUCUUCGGCUACAUCGGCGAUCUGAUUCGACAGAAGGACUUCAUGAGUACAACCGCCGUAAGGAAAUCAUUCUGCUUGUUCUCUCAUCUCAUUCCUGGAGCCAUCCUGAUAGCACUUCCGUACAUCGGGCAAGACCCGUUGGUGUGCGUAUCGCUUAUCGUGGCUUGUCUAGGCGUCAACGGUGCCUCAACCAUAACGAAUCUCGUCAACGCGCAAGAUCUCGCACCGAACUUUGUAGCGACUCUGUACGGAGUAAUGAACUUCCUCGGCACUACGGCCGGAUUCAUUGCGCCCAUGCUUGUGGCGCAUUUCACCUCUGAUAUGAACACCAUGGAGCAGUGGAAGAACGUGUUUCUCAUUAGUGCCGCCAUGUACGUGGUUUCGGGACUGAUCUUCAUAGCUUUUGGUUCGGGAAAAGUUCAAAGCUGGAAUGAUGUGAAGCAGAAAUCGGAGCCAACAACUGAAAGUGAUAAAGUGGAUAAUAAUGUCACUUACAAUGGCGAGUGCAGCAUUAUAAAAAGAUGAUGAUUUUUAAUAUAAUUAGGUGUCCAUUAAAUGGAUAUUUACAUAAAUCAGUAUUCUCCAUAUACUGUUUUCGAAUUUAUAUUUUAACAUAAAAUAAAUAAAGUAAAACUUAU